CCCAAGAGGCCAAGGAGAAGCAAACAUAUUUAAAAUUGGAAUUUUAGGAAGCGAGUAAAUAUGGAGAGAGUAGCAGAAGAUGACGUGAUGGAGAUUGGUUCACCUUUUCUUCAAAGUUCUCCCAAAACAACAAGUAAACAUCCAAAAUUAAGGCACUAUAUAAUCAUCAUAGAGACCGAGUGAGCCAAAGACAGACACAAAGAAGAGAGUGACCGCUAGCCCUUCCUUUCUCAUCCCUCCCACCCACUUUCGCUCUCCCUCUCCCUUUCUCUUUCUCUAUACUAUUUAACACCAUUUCCUCUCCCGAGAAGUGGGUAUUCCAUGAAAAGUCUUUUCUUGAUACAAAACAGGAAAUUUCUGCCUUCUGCGGGUUGUUGAUCAAAGCUGGUUUAUUUUUUAGUACUUAGGACGGUGAUAGUUAUUUCUCUUGUUGGAUUACUCUGAGCUGUAGAUAGACUUUCAAAAGUAGUUUCUACAGGGUGGAACAACUUAGACAUGUUUUAAUUUGUUUAUAAAUUGUAAUCUGGUGUAUCAACAUGGUUAAUAGUUCGGAAGAUGAGGAAUCCUGCAGUAAACCCCUCGGAAGAGUUUCUGUGGUUUACUACGGUGUUGGCCACAUGCUCAAUGACAUCACAUCUGCAUGUUGGUUUACUUACCUCUUAGUGUUCUUGACAGAUAUUGGACUGUCCCCAAGGGAUGCAGCCAUAGUCAUGCUGUCGGGUCAAGUUGCUGAUGGGUUUACAACCAUAUUUGCAGGGGAACUGAUAGACAGGUUUGGACAUUUCAAAAUAUGGCAUGGUGCAGGAUCAGUUCUGGUCACCAUUUCCUUUUCUUCUGUUUUUGGUGGUUGCCUACCUUGCAGAAUCUUUGGGACUAAUUCCUCUGCUAUGCAAACAGUUGGUUACAGCAUUUUUGCUGCAAUUUUCAAUGUUGGUUGGGCUGCUACCCAAGUUUCACACAUGUCUAUGGUCAACUGCAUCACACUAAAUCAUACAAGCAGAGUUGUGCUAGCUAGUUGUCGUAAUGCUUUUACAAUGGUGGCAAAUCUUAGCCUAUAUGCAGUAGCUUUGGCUGUGUUCAAUAUUUAUAAACCCAGGACACGUGUUGAUAUUGAAAAUCAGUACCGGUGGAUUGCGUAUAUAUCCAUUUUUAUUGGAUGCUUUUUUGUGGGCAUUUUUCUUUUCGGAACCAGAGAACCCAGAUUGAAGCGAGGUACUCAAGGAAAAAUUAGUCAUAGGAUUUCAUGGACGCAUUGGUUUAAGAAAAUUCUAUACUAUCAAGUUGCACUUGUGUAUGUUCUCACUCGACUAGUAACAAAUGUUUCCCAGGCACUUCUUGCCUUCUAUGUUAUUCAUGAUCUUCAAAUGGUUCAAUCAUCUAAAGCUCUGGUACCUGCCAUCAUCUACAUUUGCAGCUUUGUAGUAUCUGUCAUUCUUCAGGAAAUCAGAUGGACGGGCCAACGUCUCAAGGCUUUCUUUACUGCUGGUGGCGUUCUUUGGAUAUUUUCUGGUGCAGGAAUCCUUGUCCUUCCAAGCAGCAUGCAUGGUUUUAUGUACCUUCUAUCAGUAACUAUUGGUGUGGCCAAUGCUUUAAUGACAGUAACAGGAGUGAGCAUGCAAAGUAUUCUAGUUGGAGAGGAUCUCAAUGGUUGUGCAUUUGUUUAUGGGUCAUUGAGCUUCUUGGACAAAAUGUCAUGUGGGCUUGCGUUAUAUGUUCUCGAAUCCUAUCAGAGUUCUUCUUCAAGUCUACUAGGCUGUCCUCCAUUCAUAGGAUGUUUGUCCAUUACAAGAUAUGGAUUGGGUCUCAUUCCUGCAUCUUGUGCACUUCUUGGAUCAGUAAUUACAUACACCAUGGACCUUCAUACACCUAUAUUGAAACCUUUAAUGGAGCCCCUGUUGACUUGACUUGAGGUAAUGAAGCUCCUGCUGACUUAAUGUUGAGAUGGCUCCGCCAGGAAGUUGCAAUAAGAUGGAGUUGGUGCAACUGUGGUGGCGGUUCAUGUUAUGGUUCAAAUUGGAAGUCACAGACUUAUAUGAGGCUUUCUGAAGUAGAAAAAAGUCCUGUGUUUCCUCUCAAACAAAAUAUGGGCAAGAAUUUUGUUUUUUGUCUAUAUCAAAUUUUUAUUUGUCAUGGCUCUGUACACUUUCAGCCAUUGUGAAAUCUUCAUUUAUUAGCUGGUUGUUCUCAGUUCUCACCACUCAAUGGUGACAGAUAUCUUUAACCUCUACAUUAUAUAUAUAUAUAUAUAUAUAUAUAUUAAAACUGUAUCGAUGGAACCAGAGAUGAUUCCCUCCGUCUGUUACACCCCAGUGAUAAUUUUAUGGGUGAUUUGUUGUACUGUUACUGAAUAUCUUAGUUUAUAUUUUUUCUUUUUACAAUUA